CUGAAACGCACCAAGAUCAAUUCGCCUGUCAGUGGUAUCGGUCAGUCUGUGGUGAAUGUUCGCUACGGAGUCACCCUGCAUCUCGCCUCUCGCUAUGGGAAUCACCAAUAUAGUAUGAAUUGUCUAGUUUUACCAAAGCUUACCGUCGCUCUUCCCCGCCAGCACAUUGAUGUUUCGAAAUGGAGGAUUCCUCGUCACCUGCCUCUCGCGGAUCCUCGAUUCAAUAUAAGCCAAGGCGUCGAUAUCAUCAUUGGGGCAGAGCUGUUUUUCGCACUAAUGGAAGGGGAACAGAUUGUACUUGCAUCGCAGUACCCGAUAUUACAAAAGACUGUUUUUGGAUACAUCGUUUGUGGCAAGGUGACUGAGUGUGCUGUGGAGUCCUCCGUCCAGACUAGUCAUAUUUGUACGGAUGAAACUCUCGAUGCUCAGCUAGAAAGGUUCUGGCAAAGCGAGAGCAUCGACGACGGUAAAGCCUUGUCUUCCGAAGAAAAAUAUUGUGAGGAACAUUUCCUGCGAACACAUGAACGAGACGCUGACGGACGAUACACAGUUCGACUUCCUCUGCGUGAGGAAAUGGUGCCGUUUCUCGGAAAUGAAGCGAUCUGUGCAGGACCUCUGGCGUCGCUGGUCACGCGAUUACUUACACCAGUUGCAACAACGACUCAAGUGGAAGAAGGCUACAGCCGACGUCCGGACGGGACAGCUGGUGCUCAUUAAACAGGACAGCCUUCCGUCGCUUCAGUGGCCACUUGGACGAAUCAUCGAAACAUUCACCGGUAGCGACGGCCAUGUACGAGUCGUGGUGGUAAGGUCCGCAACGGGAACGUAUAAGCGAGCUGUCACCGAGAUAUCCCUGCUGCCUAUCGACUCCGACGAUGAAGUUUCGAACCUGGAUGAUGCUGCCGGAUACAAUCAAGGACCAGAAAACAGUGGACAAGAUGCCGGUAUCGCUUGAAACGGAUGGUUUCAACGGGGGCCGGUAUGUUCCGGAUGACUCCGCAAUCGAUUAAUUUUAAGUUAGUUUUAAAUUUAAAUAAUUUGUUAAUCAUGAACUCUACACAUAUAAUUUGAACAUCCCUACAUUGUGUGCCACCUUAAGUGGCUCAUUAUAAAUAAUACUCAGUUUGAGCUAAACACACACACACAUAUACACCUACCCUUUAACCGCUGUCAAAUGAAAAACGAGGACAGAAUAAAAGUUACAGUUGGAGAGGAAAGAUCGUUUUUUCCAGCAUCGCGAAAGAAACGUCGGUUUUUUGGCAAGUGGUCCGGUAGUUGGCCGGAGAAAAGGUUCCUCUCGCUGUGUCGGCCGCUGAUCAAAGCGGAUCGCGUUUUUUCGGUAGAAUUUCACCGACGACGGAUAAAGGAAGUGCUUGAGAAUCUGGGUCCGGAACAGUAUUAA